CUCUUCACUCGUCCUGCCUGUUUCUGAAUGACUCAUCGCGAGUAUUUAUAUUGUGCGUAGUAUUUAGAUUCUAUAUACGUUUAAUAUAGCUUGCUGAUAUUAAAAGAAUCGUCCGAAAUAAUAUCGGAGUAACACGUGUCGAGUGACAAUAAACAUCGUCGCGUACAUUUUUAGAAUGUAUGUGUUUGUUUAAGGAUAUGGCGAAUUUGUAUUAACCAUGAUCUCACUUAGAAUAAGGCAAUUCGUAACAUACUCGAUGUCACUGCAAAAGAAUUUAUAUCCAGAUUCUGAGAUGAGAAAUAAAAGUCCCACUAGCAUUCAGUCUGAUGUAAAUGCCGAGGUUUAUGACAUUCCAAUGAAUGUACUUAUCAGGCCUAUUCCUCCGAUCGUAGACGAGGAAAAGGUUCAAAGUUUAAUGGACACAUUAAAAAAUCCCGAAACGGAAUCGCUUGUACCACCAAUCGAUGUCCUGUGGAUCAAAGGUAGCGAAGGUGGAGAUUAUUAUUAUUCCUUCGGCGGUUGUCACCGAUACACAGCCCAUCAAAGACUCGGAAAACCAUUCAUAAAAGCUAAACUAAUACAAUCCACAAUAAUAGAUUUAAAAUCAUACCUUGGUGCUUCUACGCCAAACUUAAAGUAAACACGUUAGUACGUAUUUCUUUGAAAUGCCGUACGAGUGGAUUGCCGGAAAACAAAAUGAUGGUUUAUUACUAAUUUUGUAGUAUGUUUUUACCAUGUUUUCCACCAACCACGUUUUUACUGUAAUAAAUAAGAAUUCAUUUUAGCCCAUA